ACUUAACUGCCUUCCUGAUUGUGUCUCUUUCUUGGACGGGUGCUCAGCUCACAGGGCAGGCAUCCCAUGUCCCAGGAGAGGACCAUUCUUGGCCCAACCAUGAAUAACUGUGUGCUCCUGGAGGAACAGCUGAUCAAAAAAUCCCAGCAGAAGAGAAGGACAUCGCCCUCCAACUUUAAAGUGCGCUUCUUUGUCUUAACCAAAUCUAAGCUGGCUUACUAUGAACAUCGCCAUGGGAAAAAAAGGACUCUGAAGGGUUCUGUAGAACUUUCAAGGAUUAAAUGUGUGGAAAUUGUCAAAAGUGACAUCAUCAUCCCCUGUCAAUAUAAAUACCCUUUCCAGAUCAUCCAUGAUAACUACAUACUCUACGUGUUUGCACCCAAUCGUGAGAGUCGGCAGAGAUGGGUCGCUACACUGAAGGAAGAAACCAGGAUCAACAACAGUUUAGUCUCAAAGUAUCAUCCAGAUUUUUGGAUAGAUGGCAAGUGGAGAUGCUGUGCUCAGACAGAGAAGAUGGCAGUUGGCUGUAUAGAGUAUGACCCCACCAGAAAUGCCUCAAAGAAGCCACUUCCUCCCACUCCUGAAGAUAACUGGAAAUUGUUGCUAGACACAAAGGAAGCCUUAGUGAUGGCCAUAUAUGACUAUGAAGCCCAGAACCCGCAGGAGCUGACAUUACAAUACAAUGAGGAAUAUUACGUGAUUGACAGCUCUGAGGAACAUUGGUGGCUGAUUCAAGAUAAGAACGGGCAUGAAGGCUACGUGCCAAGUAGCUACCUGGUGGAAAAAUCACCCGAGAAUCUGCAAAUAUAUGAAUGGUACAAUAAGAACAUCAGCAGAAGCAAAGCAGAAAUGCUCCUCAAGGAUGAGGGUAGGGAAGGAGCCUUCAUGGUGAGAGACUCGAGGCAGCCUGGCAUGUACACAGUCUCUGUUUUCACCAAAGCAUUAAGCACGGAUAACAAUCCUGUUAUAAAACAUUAUCACAUCAAUGAAACAACAGACUUUCCCAAGCGAUAUUAUUUGGCAGAAAAGCACGUGUUUGACUGCAUCCCUGAACUCAUUAACUAUCACCAGCACAAUGCAGGAGGUCUUGUCACUCGUUUGCGAUAUGCAGUCUCUUCUUGGAGGAAAAAGGCCCCAAUCACCGCAGGUCUGAGCUACGGAAAAUUGGUCAUUAAUCCCUCAGAGCUCACCCGUGUACAGGAAAUUGGCAGUGGUCAGUUUGGGGUGGUUUACCUUGGCUACUGGCUGGAGAAAACAAAAGUAGCCAUAAAGACCAUUCGUGAAGGAGCAAUGUCUGAAGAGGAUUUUAUUGAGGAAGCUAAAGUAUUGAUGAAGCUGUCCCAUUCCAAACUAGUCCAGCUUUAUGGCGUGUGCUUUGAGAACACUCCCAUAUGCCUGGUGUUCGAGUUCAUGGAGCACUGGUUGCUUGUCGACUACCUCAGGAGCCAGCGGGGCACUUUUUCAAAAGAAACCCUCCUGGGGAUGUGCCAAGAUGUAUGUGAAGGAAUGGCUUAUCUGGAAGAAAAUUCUGUCAUCCACAGAGACCUGGCUGCUCGGAACUGCCUGGUGGGGGAGUCCCAGGUGGUCAAAGUGUCUGACUUCGGGAUGUCAAGGAUUGUCCUUGAUGACCAGUAUACCAGCUCCACGGGCACCAAGUUUCCAGUCAAAUGGUCUGCCCCGGAGGUUUUCUCCUACAGUAACUACAGCACCAAAUCAGACGUUUGGUCAUUUGGAGUGUUGAUGUGGGAGGUCUUCAGUGAAGGUAAAAUGCCCUAUGAGAACCGCACCAACGGAGAAGUGGUGGAAGAAAUCAAUGCAGGAUUUCGGCUCUACAAACCCAAGCUGGCCUCCAAGGCUAUUUAUGAGGUCAUGAGCCACUGCUGGUGCAUGAGGAAAGAAGACCGCCCAUCCUUUUCUCUUCUGCUCUAUCAGCUGAGUGAAAUCUCUGAGUAUGAUCUGUAAUCACAGCACUGGCCACUAAGUGAAGCUGAGAGUCCUGAGAGGGCAGAUGGCUGGAUUUUCCCCACAUGAGCAUUAACAGGAAUCCUCUCACCAUAGACACUUGUCGUACGCCUGGGGAGAAGGAGAGGGCAGAGGCCAGUACUUCCAGACAGACAAGAUAUCCUUAGGUCUUCCAGAGCACAGGCACGGGCUUAGGACUGGCCAGGAAAGUGGUUUGCAUCUUACAAGCAGAACCAGCAAUUGAGCACAGAUUCCUGCGCCACGCAACCCAGCAAGCGUAUUUCUCAUGAAGAUACAGCCUCAAAAGUAAGAGAUCUGGCAUUGCUAUUCCAGUUCUGUGAACUGCCAAAUUAAGGUCUUCCUGGAGGAAGAAGAAAAAAAAAAAAAAAAAAAAAAAAACAAACAUCUUUGGCUGAAGAUGAACAUUUAGACAUUUCCAUGGCUCUCUAAUUCAGAGUAGGCUGGACCUGAAAGCUGUGAACAGGAAUAAACCUGGAACACAAGGAAACAAACUGGAUUUAGUGUCUGCAUUUCUGAUGCUGAUAUUUCAAGGUGGUUUUGUUCUUUUACAUGAUCUUCUCUGAAACUGUGGCUGAACAAAAACAGGGUUGUGGCAUCCCAUAAGCUGAAGAGGUGCCUGUAUGUUCACCCAAGUUUGUAAGGGAGGAAGAAAAAAAAGCAAUGUGCUGAAGAGUCUUGAAAUUCUCUCAAAUUUGUGUAGUGAGUGGGAAAAUGGGACUCUCUGAUGGGGAAAAAAAGUCAAAGCUGAAAGUAAGUAUUCAUUUUUUCUUCAGUCCUUCUACAUCAGAAAAGAGACUUCCACCAAUUUCUUUGAACCAAGCAUGGAGGACUCAGCAGGGCCGAGUGCUGGGUGUCUCUAGCCCAGGAGAAGACAGGAUCCCACGAUCUGGUUGCCCCUGAGAGGCACAGGAACCUACUCCAGAACCAGUGUGUUUGGAGGGAAGGAGCCAGCGGGCGCUGGAAGGGUAGCCCUGAGGAGGAAACAUGGAGUGUGUGAUCAGUGCGCCAACGAUAAUGAGAAGUUUUCGCUGACUUCAAAGAGCAACUGAAUUAUCAAGUAGAGAGUUUUCCAUCUCUUCUCUCAACAAACUGGUGAAUCCUCUAGGGACUGAUCAAGGAAAGAAAGGCUUAUGCAAACGGACUGCCUGGGUACUUCUUGAUGAGUUCCACAUUAUGAGGUGACAGCGCGGGUACUUCAAUUAAAAUCUACCUUUUCUCUGCAAGACAGACACUGAUUUGACGUAACCAGCCUCCAAAACAGAAGCAUGCAUGUUAGCGUCCUGUAGAAUUUGUAAGAUCAGGAUUUCUGCUAAGCAUUAACUAUAACUAGGGAAGCCAAAAGGCCUCACAGAUGCUAUGUGCAUAUAUGCAAUCUGUAUGUUUGAUGUUCCUGUGUUUGGGCAAGCUAGGACAUGGGUAAACCUUACGUGACAACAGUUUACAAAAAGUCUGAGGUGCAAACUUCCAGCAGCAAUUUCUCAUGUCAUUACAGAAGUCAAGUUCAAAGAUGUUUGCCAACAAAAAUGGAACAAGGAAAUACUGUAAUCCUAUGAUCUCACAUAUCCUGUGUCAGAUUGUUUCUUCAUAGAAGGAGGACAAAUUUUUGGUAUUUUUCAGACCUGUGGUUCUAAGGUAGCAGCCAGCAUCUUUUCAGGUUUAUGGAUACAAGCAAGACGUAGUUCCUGCAUCUUCCCACUUUGCUUUGUUUCCAUGUUAUUCUCCUUCUACAAAUAUAAUCCAGAAUGACUCUCCCAAGCAAGGAGAAUCCUAACAUUCAGACCAGAGGUUGUCAAUCCAAACCAGGGUCAGAGUGCUACCUUCAGGUCAGGAUUGCUGCCAAAAUCCCUCAGCAGUCUGAACCUACAUGUGGAAUAUGAACAUCUACAGAACAGAUUUUGAUUUCUUACCUCUAGUGAAUUUAAGCUAAGUUUCUCCUUGUCCCUCUCACCCUUUUAGUCCGAAUUAGCCUGUUGUCAUGUUCCCAUGGUGCUAACUUUGGUGUUUAGCCAAUGCCAUUUUCAGUAGCCCUACACAAGUUGAACUGCGUGCACACCUAUGGCUAAGUUUCAGGCCAGCUGGCCAUAAUCCCACUCUCUCCCCCACCCCACUUAGAGGAGUUGUACAACUGCAGCAUGCUCUGAAAUGUUUUUUUUCCCUGGGCACAGCCACCCAGCCCACGGCAGGGAUAUCCACAGGCUCACAAAGCCCAGCCUCUGGCUUGCUGCCCUUUCCAUCCAGGGAGCAACCAGGGAUCUGUCAAGACUGAGGAAGUUGCUAUUAUGUAGCAGCAGUGUUGCUCUUCUAAGAAUUGUUUUGAAGGCUAUAUUUAUGUUUGAUGAGAUAAAUGUAAUAUUUAUUAGCUAGGGAGCAUUGCACGAAAUAAUGUUGUAAUGUCUUACGUUUGGUCUUCUUUAGCAGGAAUUUCUAUAUACACAAUAUAUAUUUUUACAAAUAAUAAAAAUACCUUGUCCCAA